CUCAUAUUCAUCGCAGUGGUCAAGUAAAACAAAAACAAAUCAUUGCUCAUAAUUUUGUGUAAUUUAUUGAUUCAAUAUCGUCGGACGUGAAAUUUUCAAUUCUUUUGGGAUCUGCUAGUAGAAAGGAUUCAAUUUUAAUUACUUAUAGUGUUCAAGAUUGCUAGUGUGCUAGGUGUUAGUCAAGUGGUGGCCUUGGACGGCAAUGGCUAACGACCGAGAAAUUCUGCGGGAAAUUUGGGAAGGCAAAAUCCCUAUCCACUUUCAGCUUUCGCCGGACGAGACGGAUGUCACACCGGAUGAAUUUUUCCUGCUCAUACCGAGAUUGAGCUACUUUCCGCUGGUGACCGAAAAGGUUCGUAAACACUUUUUGAAGUUCGUAUCCAACGAGCUGCAGGAUGGCGAAAUGUGGCUUGACUGUAACGGGACGCCUCUCAAGUGGCACUAUCCGAUAGGUGUGCUAUUCGAUCUUCUAAUCGGCAGCGAAGCCAUUCUGCCCUGGCACAUCACAGUUCACUUUUCCAAGUUCCCCGAGGAAGUACUGUUUCGGUGUCCGAAUAAGGACAUCGUGGAGGCGCAUUUCAUGUCUAGUCUAAAGGAAGCCGACGUGCUGAAACAUCGCGGUCAGGUCGUUUCAGCGAUGCAGAAAAAGGAUCACAAUCAGUUAUGGUUAGGAUUAGUUAACGAUAAGUUUGAUCAAUUUUGGGCCGUCAACCGUAGACUAAUGGAACCCAUUCCGGACCAGGACGGAUUCAAGCACAUUCCAGUUAGAUGUUAUGCCGAGGACGGCUCCUACCAGCAAAAACUAGUCGCACCCAGUACCGAGGCCGGUCAGAAACGUACCCUGCAGGAUCUGCUGGAGGACUUUUCGACACCUGUCCGGAAAGCAGUGGAAGCACGAACCCACGGUGUCAGCGUUCCGGAAAACACACCCCUACAGUGGCUCUCGGAACACCUCAGCUAUCCGGACAACUUCCUCCAUCUAUGUCUGAUCUACGCCUAGAGGAGGACUUCCUCCUGCCAAUCGAACACGGACAACGCGCGGUGGUAUGUCUCAGGUAUCAUCGAAUGACCGCGCGACCAGCUCCGGCUAGUAUUCUCUAUUUGGAGGGGGGCAAGCAACAACGCAACCGAUAUUCGUAAACAUCAACCACUACAGCAACAACAAAAACAACACAAAAAAGGGCGUCAGUCGGUUUAGAUCUAGUUUUCCGCUUUUUACACUCGCUUUUAUUCGUAAGCUACGACCGAUCUUACCGAUGACGAUCGCGCAGGAUGGACAUUUAACCGCGUAUGUAUAUGUAUAUGGGAACUCACAGCAGAUAUUUAAUAUGUAAGCCUAAUUAAAUACUAUAAAAGAAAAGCAUUCUCUGUCACAUAAAUUAUCGCUUUCGUCGUGUGUUCUGUGCCCUCCGAGACGUGGAUGUGCAGCGGCGUUUGCGACGCGACUCUGGGCUCGGGCGGGGUACCACUAAUAUGCAAUAAAAAAGAAACCAUCAACGGCAUCUGAUCAUCUGUGAAAGCUUCUGAUUGUCACCGCGGCUCAUGUUUGUAAUGAACGGGAAAAGAAAAGUCCACAUGAUUGAAAUCUUGAAAAAAAAAACGGGAGGCCACCCGCAGGUUUGGCGUUGUUGAGAUGAGCAGCGGACGCUGGCGGUGAUUGGAUAUGUAUAUGUUAUUAGGAUGACAGCAGGUGGGUA